AAGCUAGUGCUUCCAAUUAAAGCUGUUGGACCAUAACCUGGUGUUGUGUGAUUUUCAACCACAAAUCGGGAACAUUGGGAGUUCUGAUUUGGAAGCGAAUGCAUGAAACUCUACACCUCUUGAUUUUUGGCUUUUUUCAGGUUCCAGCAAUUAUUGUAGAUGACCUUCUUUGUAAGUGUAAUCGACACUCUUAUCCCCGGGCUCCACCCAGUAAAUACUGCCCUGGCAGCCAAAUAAAAUCUCGGCGACAGGACAGUUCCAUUCAGACACUUUGUUCCGGGACACCUGUGUUGAGAGUGCCCAGGAGCUGACCCCAUGGAAGGAUAUGUAGAUCCUACAGAUUCCUUUGGUCUGUUGGACGUGAGACCCCCACUAAACCGAGAACUUUUCAGGCCUCGAUUUGCACUGCUAUUUUUGUAUGUGAACAAAAGUCACGAGAGAGUCCGGUGCAAGCCCAGUUUAAAAGCCACACAGGGCUUACUGCUAAUUCGUGAAGUCCGGACUUGAUUAUGCCCAGAACCCCAAGACAAUAGAGUUUGCAGCUGUAACAUUCCAAUCAUAUGGAGGCUGUGAAGUAGCAGAGUAUCUCGUAGUGGCGUCCCCAACUCUGAACUAUAAACUCUGGAUUGUCCACACCAGGAGCUAUUGGCUCUGGAAAGAGUGGAUGACUCGGCUCAGGGGAUGAUGCUAAUUAGCUCGGGAGUUCGUCCACUAUCUCCUCAAUAGGAAAAGUAAAACAAUGCCUCCUUGUCUCGCACAGCACCGAAAUAAAUCGAUAAAGCGAAACACACCGCCAACUAUGUAAAACAGUAAGACGUUUAGAGUUGUCUGACAAUGACCGUGUACGGAUUGCAUGUCUAUGUUGCGUGACUCCAUACAGACUGCUUAUGCAGUGGUAACCGGAGAGCUCCCAUUGUGCGUACAAGUCUUAGGCUAAUUACAACACCUCACUGUAGUUGGAAUAUUUCCCAGUGACAGCAUCACAUUACUGUAACAACAUGAAAAACUGUUCUCGACAUUAAUGUGUUAACAUGAAAUUGGGAAUGCAGUCUCCCGUCACUUCUCAACGCAUUGCAAUCCAAAUGUUGAGACAAACAUAUUAACACAGCGAAGGCAGUUCUGUUCAUCCUCAUGUUUCAACUAUCGAUUGCUGGUGAAUCUUACCGCGCAGCCUAAUGAAAUAUUGCAGGGCCACAUCACGCCCCACACAGCCAAUUUUCAAUGAAAAUUUUACACGAGCAAAACCUGUCUCGCAAACUCUCAGAUGUCAGAAGAAAUAAAAGUUGAGCAGAAAGGAAAGGACACUUGUUCGCAGCCCGCAUGAUGCACGCCUACAUUGGAUCAAGUUACUUUGUCCACCAUUAAUGUUAAUAGAGAUUGCGGGCUUUAGUCGUUUAGAACGCCGCCUGCAAUUUUCACCGAGGGAAAGUUUUCAAUGUGUUGUUGUUUGCAAUCGGCUAUGCAAAUAAACGAAAACCAGUUAAAACUGCUAUGCAAUAGAAAUAAAAACCAACAUUGGAUUUGAUAAAUGCAUCCAAAACUGCAAGGAACAAGAAAGUUAGUUUCCUAUGAACAUUGCUAACCGAGCGCCACAUAAGCAAUGAAUGGAAAACUGCCCACCGCGGGUAAUCGCGUUCAGGUGGCAAUGCGAUGUAAAAGUGGCGCCCUGGUUAAGCGGGUAAGGUGUGGGAACUCGGAGUCUGUUACCUGGAGAUACAGUGAGAGCCUGUGGGUCACCGUUUGAAGUUACCCCGCUCACAUGGUGGUUAAGUCAAUGAGUGAGGGUUGACAAUUUUUGGAGACCGGUAAUCAAACAACAGAUUCAAAUCCAUUUUGAGCGAGAUUUCAAACUUGGAGGAUUCGUUGAGAACAGGCGCGGGGUUUAUUUGUCACUCCUGCUGGGAUGUGGCUGAAUCAGUGUUUAUUGCGCACCCUUCAUUGCCCUGGAGAAAGUGGCGGUGAGCUGCCUUCUUGAACCGCUGCGGUCUCUGGGACAUUUGGGGAUACCCACAUUGCUGAUAGGAAGGAUGUUCCAGGAUUUUCACCCAGUGACAGUGAAGAAGCAAAUGUACAGUUACACAUUAAGGUGGUGCAUUCUGAACACUUAAAAAAAAACACCACGACCACGGUUUGGGUUACAGUAUAAAACCUCUCAGUCAUUAAAACACUUCAGAAUUGUUUGCAUAGGGGCUUCUGAUUCUCGGAUAAUUAGCUCAGCGAUUGGAAUACUUCCAGAAAGCGGGAUGAGAUCCUUCAAGUUCCCUAUAAUCAGCGCUCAGGAUCAUCCCACUGUCAAGAUAUGCGUGUUGGCAGCUCCCUGCAGGAUCGCUAGCUCGGGUUGGACCGAGACCUUCCCAAAGGGGUGGUCGCUUUCUCUCCCCAUCUCUGCCUGUGUCGGUAGAUGGAAAGGAACAGUCUCUGGCAGUGACCUGUAGUUGCUCUCCUCUCCAGUCGAUUUGCCAAUCCCAUGUGACUGCCCUGGAGUCUGCAGGAGUUGGAGGUUGAUCUGCUGGCAACUGUAGACACAAACAUUGAUGGGGCGUUAAAACGAUGCCUCGUGUAUAUUGUUUGAAUGCUGGAGUUUACUGUUUGGAAUUGGGGUGGGCGGGAUUGGCGUUUGACAGAAGUGAGGAGGCUGGACAAGGGAAAUCUGUAAUAAAAACAUUCAGUGAUACGUUCAGGCGGUGCAGCAGCCUGUUUCACAAUGAGCUGUUUCACAAGCGCGAUUUCAGAGGUCUCCUGGUUAUUUUCCCUGACCGGGUUUCUAACCGCUUGUUUCCAGCAGAUGGUGCUGGUAUUGAGCAGGUGCCGGCGGAGAGCUGAUCUCCUUUCCCUGUAAAACUCCCUCGCCAGAUACCGAUUGAAACCUGAAAAUGUAGCCAGUCCCUCUCCCUGCGCCGAUUUGAAACGGGGGAAAAUCAUAUCUUCAGCUCCCGGUCCCACCAAGACAGCGAGAUUGGUCAGAACUACAGAGCGAACAAGAGUUUGGACCGUAAUUCAGCAGCUUACUCUUGAUUGCACCCUCUCCUCACAAUGACAAUAGCUAUCUGAACAGACCUUUAAAAUAAGUCUCAAAUAUUCCAAUUGAAUAAUAAUGCCAAACAGAAGAGUUUAGAGGUCCAUACAGGUUAGGUCUCCCCUUUGUCACUCUCUGAGUCCUAUGGAACUCACUCUGUUUUUGCUAAAUAACAAAUAGAAAGUGGAGAGAAAUUCCCCGGUGGAACGUUUGACAAAAAAAAAAACAAAUGAGAUCGAUGUUAACACGUUCCUGGAAAUAAAAUCUUUAGGCUGGCGACACAGGUUACGGAGUAAACUGUUCAGGUUUGUUCCCUUUGAACUGCAAUUACAGACAUCAUCUGAUUCCAGAUUGGCGAGGCGCCGAGGGGAGAGGAGCUCCGAACUGAUCCUUUCUGGAGGGUUCACUGCUGAGUGUGUCAUCUUACUGCAUUGCUCCGGAACCGCACAUGGAAAAGUUAGUGGGUGACAAUAAUUGGUGAAUGAUAAACGAAGAAAGCGAGCACUUGUGAGGGGGAGAGAGCUUCCAAUUGAUUCACUGGGAGAUGACGUGCCGCAGUGUUCAGCAACUCGCUCGUUAAGAACGAGACCCAAAGGCUGACUUCUCAUAGAACAUAGCAACUUCCCAGCGAAGAGAGGGAGGGAGGGAGGGAGAAACAGCGCAGUAUCUCGGCGUGCUCCUAACGGGACCGUAGCGUCUGAAGCAGACUGCAGUGCAACAUUCGGGGAAGGACAUUGCUCUUUUAAGCCUCAUUGUGUUCUGCCGGCUGCCUUUUUUGUUCCCGAGCAGGUUUAUGCUAAUCGAGAGCCAUUUUGUGCGGUCGCUUUUAAAUUAGCCCCGGGUGGGGGCGAGAGAGGACCUUUGGUGACAAUGUGCCGGCCAGAAGAGCUUGCAGAGGGGCGGAAUGGGCAGAAGCAGCAGCUGAACUGAGUGUUUGUGGGGGAAGGAGGUGAGUUUGGAUGGAGCAGCGGUGGAGAUGGCACGGAGUUGCAUUGAAGCGAGUGCACUGAGCUGCACUCUGCUGCUGCUGCUGCUGUUGAACAGCGCCGGCUCCCGGAGUUUCACCGUGCACCUCUCGGAGCGGGCAGCCCCGGGCACCUUACUGCUCCAUCUCCCCUCGGCCGGGGGCACCUGCUCGAUCCAGCGGAUCUCCGCGCCUCCCUUCGCCCGCGGCUACCUGGAGGUGGACCGGACCGCGGGAAGCGUGCGACUCUCCCGGCGCCUGCCGUGCCGACAACUGCCCGCUAAUCCUUUCCCCGUCCGGCUGAGCGGCCGCUGCUCCCGGCCCGGCGGUACCCGCACCGGUACCGGCUGGCUGACCGUCUCCAGCCGCUGGCACAUUCACCUUCACGGCGAGGGCUGCCGGCGGAAGGCGGCGGGCGGCGGCGGCGCAGGCGGCGAGCUGGAGGUGCUGCUUUUGUCUAGCGCCGCCCCGCAGGGCUGCCUCCCCGGCGGGGAGCCGCUGCUGCCCCCUGUCGGGGAGCUGCUCCGGCUGCUGCCGCCCCCGUCCCCGGGGGGCUGCCGGCCCUUCUCCUGUCAGCCCGCCGCCGGCGGCCGCUUCGCCCUGAGCCCGGACGGGCGGCUCUUCAACCCGGGGAGGCUGUGCGUGGACCGUGCCGCUGGGGUGCCGGUGCGGCUCCGCUGCCGGGGAUGCCCGCCCGGAGGCGAGGGGAGAGCCGGCGGCGUGCUGGAGGACAUCCCGGUGGAGGUGAAGCUGGUCUUGAGGACUCUGAGGGAGGAGAGGGCUGGAGGAGGUGUCAGUGCGAGGCGAAAGAGGAAUGUGAACACUGGCCCUCAGUUCCAGCCACCCAUCUACCAGGUAUCGGUGCCAGAGAACAUGCCCGCGGGCACUGCAGUCAUUGUACUGAAGGCGGUCGACCCUGAUGAGGGUGAGGCAGGCAGGCUGGACUAUUCCAUGGAUGCCCUUUUCGACAGCCGGUCCAACAGUUUGUUUAUCAUCGACCCGCUGACUGGCAGAGUGACCACGGCGGAGACCCUGGACCGGGAGACCAAGGACACGCAUGUGUUCCGGGUGACCGCCCUCGACCAUGGGCUCCCCCGCCGCACAGCCAUGGCGACCCUCACCGUCACCGUCAGCGACACCAAUGACCACGACCCGCUGUUCGAGCAGCAGGAGUACAAGGAGAGUGUGAGGGAGAACCUGGAGAUCGGCUACGAGGUGCUCACCGUGAGGGCGACGGAUGGCGACGCCCCCGCCAAUGCCAACAUCUUGUACCGGAUUCUCAACAACGAAGGGGAGAACGCGGUGUUCGAGAUUGACCACCGGUCUGGAGUGUUGAGGACCAGAGGGCCAGUGGACAGAGAGAAGGUGGACUCCUAUCAGUUAUUAGUGGAGGCAAAUGAUCAGGGGAGGAACCCUGGCCCACGCAGCUCCACUGCCACGGUGCACAUCACAGUGGAGGAUGACAAUGAUAAUACCCCUCAGUUCAGUGAGAAACGCUAUGUGAUUCAAGUUCUCGAAGAUGUUGCCCCCAACACACAGGUUCUGCAGGUCACAGCCACUGAUAGAGACAAGGGCAACAACGCGUUGGUUCAUUACAGCAUCAUGAGCGGCAAUACCCGUGGGCAAUUCUACAUAGAUGCUCAAAGUGGGAGCAUUGAUGUGGUGAGCCAACUGGACUAUGAGACGAGCAAAGAAUACACUCUAAGAAUCAGGGCUCAGGAUGGUGGAAGGCCACCAUUGUCGAACAUCACUGGACUCGUGACAGUGCAAGUAGUUGAUGUGAAUGACAAUGCACCCAUAUUUGUCAGCACUCCUUUCCAGUCAACAGUUCUGGAGAAUGUGCCAAUUGGUUACUCAAUUCUUCAUGUACAGGCAAUCGAUGCAGAUUCGGGUAACAAUUCCCGUUUGGAAUACAGGUUAAUAAACACAUCUCCAGAUUUCCCCUUCUCCAUCAACAACAACACUGGAUGGAUUGUGGUUGGUUCAGAAUUGGAUAGGGAGACAACAGAUUUUUACAAUUUUGGCGUUGAAGCGAGGGAUCAGGGAUCACCUCCGAUGUCAUCCUCAGCUAGUGUCAGCAUCACUGUAUUGGAUGUGAAUGAUAAUAAUCCUGAAUUUGGACAGAAAUUAUAUCAAAUAAGACUGAAUGAAGAUGCAGCUGUAGGCUCCAGUGUGGUUACUGUGUCAGCAAUAGACAGGGAUGUCAACAGUGUUGUUACAUAUCAGAUUUCCAGUGGUAAUACACGAAAUCGCUUUUCAAUAACCAGCCAAAGUGGAGGGGGCCUGAUAACUCUGGCCUUACCACUGGAUUACAAACUGGAGAGGCAAUACAUAUUAACUGUAACAGCCAGUGAUGGGACUCGAUUUGAUACUGUUCAGGUGUUAAUUAAUGUUACAGAUGCAAAUACACAUAGACCAGUAUUUCAGAGUUCCCAUUAUACAGUUAGUAUUAAUGAAGACAAGCCUGUUGGUACAACAGUAGUGAUUAUAAGUGCAACUGAUGAAGAUACUGGUGAAAAUGCCAGAAUUACUUAUUUCAUGGAAGAUAGCAUACCUCAGUUUCAAAUUGAACCUGAUUCAGGUGCAGUUACAACACUAAUGGACCUUGACUAUGAAGACCAAGUAUCGUACACAUUAGCGAUUACAGCAAAAGACAAUGGAAUUCCUCAGAAGUCUGACACCACAUACCUUGAAAUUCUAGUUAAUGAUGUAAAUGACAAUGCACCUCAGUUCCUGAGAGAUCAUUACCAGGGUGCAGUUUACGAAGAUGUUCCUACCUUUACAAGUGUCCUUCAGAUAUCUGCCACUGACCGUGAUUCAGGAUUGAAUGGAAGGGUGUUUUACACUUUUCAAGGUGGGGAUGAUGGAGAUGGGGACUUCAUUAUUGAGACCACCUCUGGAAUUGUUAGAACCUUGCGCAGACUCGAUAGAGAGAAUGUUCAGAUGUACAAUCUAAAGGCUUUUGCAGUGGACAAAGGUUUUCCUGCAAUGAGGACUGCGAUAGAUGUCCAAGUCACAGUAUUGGAUGUUAAUGACAACCCUCCAGUUUUUGAAAAGGAUGAGUUUGAUAUUUUUGUGGAUGAAAACAGUCCAAUUGGAUUAGUGGUGGCCCGUAUUACUGCCACAGACCCAGAUGAAGGUACUAAUGCACAAAUCAUGUAUCAAAUAGUGGAGGGGAAUAUUCCUGAAAUUUUCCAGCUGGAUAUCUUUUCUGGAGAGUUGACUGCCCUGAUGGAUUUGGAUUAUGAAACUAAAUCAGAAUAUGUUAUUGUUGUUCAAGCUACAUCAGCGCCUCUUGUCAGCAGAGCUACAGUGCAUAUCCGUCUAUUGGAUAAAAAUGACAAUAUACCUGUGCUGAAAAAUUUUAAGAUCAUUUUCAACAAUUAUAUCACAAAUAAAUCCAGCAGUUUUCCCACUGGGGUAAUUGGCAAAAUUCCAGCUUAUGAUCCAGACAUCUCUGAUACUCUUCAAUACAGCUUUGACCAUGGCAAUGAGUUAAAUCUAAUCAUUCUCAAUCAGACCACAGGGGAAUUAAGUUUGAGUCAUGCUCUGGACAACAACAGGCCGCUUGAAGCAACCAUGAGAGUUUCUGUGUCAGCUAACAAGAUGAACUCAUUUUAUCAAGUUGAUGACGAAGGUUGAAAGCAGAAGCUGAAUAAUGUGC